GCUGGGGCUUGAUCCGAUGUGAACCCUUUAUUUGAUCUCCAGCAAUUUCGUCACUCUCCUCUUCCUCUUCCUCCCUGUCACCAAGUCCCUUCUUCAUAGCCAAUUCAACGAAUUUCUCCGAUCGCUAUCGUGAUGUCUCAGGUUGAUAACAGAAACUCCUCGGCGGCCAAACGUGCCAGAACUGAUGGUGGUCGUAGAGAAGAUGACUGGACCUGCCCCAGCUGUGGAAAUGUCAAUUUCUCUUUCAGGACAACUUGCAAUAUGCGCAACUGUACACAACCUAGGCCAGCUGAUCAUAAUUCUAAAUCUGCUCCAAAGCCAAUGCAGACCCCACAAGCCUACUCUUCUGCUGCUCCUUAUGUUGGUCCUGGUGCUCCUUCGUCAAUGUAUAUUGGCGUUCCACCUUAUGGUUCAUCUUUGUUCAAUGGAUCAUCCAUGCCUCCUUAUGAUGUUCCAUUUUCUGGAGGCUCUGCUUAUCAUUAUAAUUACGGAAGUCGUAUUUCUGGAGGUAGCCCUUAUCGACCACUACACCUUUCUGCUCCACCCCCCUACUCUGGUGGAUCCAUGAUAGGUAAUGAUGGUGGCAUGUAUGGCGUACCUCCAUUAAUGGACCGAUAUGGGUUGGCCUUGCCCAUGGGCCACAAUGCUAUGGGACCACGGCCUGGAUUUUACCCUGAGGAGAAGGUUCCAAAGAAAGAUGGAAAAAGUGACAACGACUGGAAAUGUCCUAAAUGUGGAAAUGUCAAUUUCUCAUUUAGGACAGUUUGUAACAUGAGGAAGUGUAAUACUCCAAAACCAGGAGCUCAGGCUGCAAAGCCAGGCAAGAGCUCCAAACCAGAUAUGCCUGAUGGGAGCUGGAAGUGUGAUAAAUGUAACAACAUAAACUACCCAUUUAGAACCAAAUGUAACAGACAAAACUGUGGUGCUGAGAAACCAUCAGAAUCGCAGAAGUCCCCUUCAGAAGAGGCAGAAGAAAAUGAUCAGUGAGUACUAGGACAUGUUCCAGAGUUGUCGAGCAAUUGCCCAGUAUUGGUCUGAAAGUCGGUCAUGUCGUCGUCGUCGUCUUCUUCAUGUUGCUGCGGUUUUCGAGUUACUCUCUUAUGGUUUGUGUCGUCAACUUGUAUUGAAUGGAAAUUGGUAUCUUUUUAAUGGUCUUUCUAUGGAUUUCUUUUAUUAGAUACAACAGUGUCCCUUCCCGUCAUGUUGUGGUGAGAUGUUUCUGGUUAGUUGCUCUGGUAACUGUUCUAGGUGGUAUAUUAUACCUUUUUUUGCAUUUUUUCAAGUAGGUGGUACAUCAGCACUGAUUUGCAUUUG